AUGUCGGCUCCCGUCACGCUCUUUGGAAAGGAGUACCCCGCGGACGGCAAUACGAACACGCCGCCUUCGAUCCAGGCCAAGGUCGGGCGCAACCUGCACCUGCAGAAGGACCACCCGCUGGCUACUCUGCGCGAGAUCAUCGAGACGCACUUCAAGGGUUUCACGCGUAUCCAGCCCGAGUCGCCUGUCGUCACUGUGUUCCAGAACUUUGACGAGCUCGGCUUCGCCCCCGACCAUCCCGGCCGCUCGCUCACCGACUCCUACUACCUGAACAAGGAGCACAUGCUGCGCACGCAUACGAGCGCCCACGAGGUCGAGGCUUACAAGACUGGCGCGGACGCGUUCCUCAUCGCCGCGGACGUGUACCGUCGUGACGAGAUUGACAGCUCGCACUACCCCGUCUUCCACCAGAUGGAGGGUAUGCGCCACUGGGACGUCACGGACGUGAAGCAGCUCACGGAGCAGCUGCGUGCGGAGAACGCCAAGCUCGCCGAGGAGCUCGCCGCGUGCCCGAUUGAGAUCACCGACAUCAGCAAUGUCGGCCCUGAGAACCCGCUGCAAGAGUGCCACGACCCCGAGCUUGCGACCGAGAUGGCUCAGAACCUCAAGCACUCGCUGAAUGGAAUGAUCUUCAAGCUCUUCGGUCACAUCACCGCGGACGGGCAGCCGCUGAAGGUCCGCUGGAUCGAUGCCUUCUUCCCCUGGACAUCGCCGUCGUUCGAGGUCGAGGUUUGGUACAACGACGAGUGGCUUGAGAUUCUCGGCUGUGGUGUUGUUGUCCAGAAGACGCUGGAACGCGGAGGCGUCGGCCACAAGAGCGGCUGGGCUUUCGGCCUCGGUCUCGAGCGCAUCGCGAUGGUCCUCUUCGACAUUCCCGACAUCCGCCUGUUCUGGUCCCAGGACCCGCGCUUCCUCUCCCAGUUCAAGCAGGGAGAGAUCACCGCCUUCAAGCCCUACUCCAAGUACCCGCCGUGCUACAAGGACAUGAGCUUCUGGCUCCCGGAGGAGACGCAGGAGGGCAUCAAGCCGUGGCACGAGAAUGACUACUGCGAGGUCGUCCGUGACGUUGCGGGAGACCUCGUCGAGAACGUCACCCUUAUCGACGAUUUCACGCACCCCAAGACCGGCAAGAGGAGUCUCUGCUACCGACUCAACUACAGGAGCAUGGACCGCUCCCUCAACAAUGAGGAGGUCAACGCCCUUCAGGACAAGGUCGUUGGCCGCGUUGUGAAGGAGAUGGGCAUUGAGAUGCGAUAA